GUCAUCCUAAACACACGAUCUGUGCUGCAACUCUUGUGAGCAGCGAAACCUCCAGCAGCGCCGAAAACAAGGUCCGUUCCCGCGGUGCCGGCUAGACUGGAGGUGAAGGGAAGAGUUUGGGUCCCGGUCUCCCGAGCAGACGCCGUGUGAACCUGCGAGCCAUGGAUGACAGCUCCUCGCUGGGGAAAGUCAGCAGCUCCACAGAGUCCGUGGCCACCGUCACCAGUGAGGAGUUUGUUCUGGUCCAGCCCAACGCCAGCGGCUCUCCGCACGGAUCAGAGGGCAAACCGAGGCUCAAGAUGUCUUUGAACGGGAGUGAUCAGCUGGAAAAAGCUCUGGAGGAGGUGUUGGAUGAUGACGAGGUGAAAGUAGAGAAAAGCUGUGUGGAAAAGAUGGAAAAGCACAAGGAACCGGAGAGUCAAGUACUGGAAACUCAACCUGCAGACGCGUGUCCUGCCCCACGCAGCCCCACGGUCUUGGAGGAGGACAGCGUCCAGUUCAACAAGUUAUCGUACCUGGGCUGCACCUGGGUCAAAGCCCCUCGCAAUGAGGGAGAAGCACAGAGAGCCAUGGAAACGCUGCGAGCUGAGAGCGCCAUCCCCAUCCCCAUCACCCUGCACGUCCCCUCGGGUCCAGACGGCUCCGUCAGAAUUGUAGACCAGGCCUCAGGAACGGAGAUCGCCUCCUUCCCCAUCUACAAGGUGCUGUUCUGUGCUCGCGGCCGGGAGGGCUCGGUGGAAAGUGACUGUUUCUCCUUCACUGAGAGCUACCGAAGUUCUGAGGACUUUCAGAUUCACGUAUUCUCCUGUCAAAUCAAAGAGGCUGUCAGUCGUAUCCUCUACAGUUUCUCCACGGCCUUCCGCCGUUCAUCGCGGCCAGCAGACACCAGAGACUCCGCGCUGUCCAGUCCGCCUGACGGCGACCUCUACACCUUCAGCGUCUCGCUGGAAAUCAGAGAAGAUGAUGGCAAAGGCAACUACAGCCCCGUCCCCAAGGACCGAGAGAAGUUUUACUUCAAGCUGCGACAGGGUGUGCAGAAGAAGGCGGUGGUUUCGGUUCAACAAAUGUGCAACAAGGAGCUGGGCAUCGAGAGGUGUUUUGGGAUGCUGCUGAGUCCAGGACAGAACGUCAGCAACAGUGAUAUGCAUCUACUGGAAAUGGAGUCAAUGGGAAAGAGCUCUGAUGGAAAAGCCUACGUCAUCACUGGGACAUGGAACCCAAACCUGGCUGCUUUUCAGCCACUAAACGAAGACACACCUAAAGAUAAGCAGGUGUACAUGACGGUGGCCGUGGACCUGGUUGUGACUGAAGUGGUGGAGCCAGUUCGUUUCCUCCUGGAAACUCUGGUCCGAGUUUAUCCGUCCAACGAACGCUUCUGGUACUUCAGCCGCAAGACCUUCAGCGAGACCUUCUUCCUCAAACUCAAACCGGCACCGGACCGAGGCCAGAGUGAUGCCGUGUAUGAAGUGGUGAGUCUUCAGAGAGAGGCAGAAAGAAACAACGGUGGAAGAGAGCAGCUCACCUCACCCAACGAGGAAGAGGAUGCUGACGAAGAUAGUGACAGUGAAAUCUCCAGCGGGACAGGAGACGUUUCCAAGGACUGUCCAGAGAAAAUCCUUGAGUCCUGGGGUGGAAUCCUCAACAGAUGGCACGGAAACCUGUCCACUCGUCCGAAGGGUUUGCCCUCAUUGGUCCGCAGUGGCAUUCCUGAGCCACUCAGAGCCGAGGUCUGGCAGCUGCUGGCUGGUUGCCACGACAACCAUGACCUGCUUGAGAACUACCGCAUCCUCAUCACCAAGGAUUCGGCCCAGGAAGGUGUCAUCACUCGUGACAUUCACCGCACUUUUCCCGCACAUGACUACUUCAAGGACUCUGAUGGAGAUGGGCAGGACUCCCUGUACAAAAUCUGCAAGGCCUACUCUGUCUAUGAUGAAGAAAUUGGUUAUUGUCAGGGUCAAUCGUUUCUAGCUGCUGUUCUCCUUCUGCACAUGCCCGAGGAGCAGGCUUUCUGCGUGUUGGUGAAAAUCAUGUACGAAUACGGUCUCCGAGCUCUCUACAAGAACAACUUUGAAGAUCUUCACUGCAAGUUCUACCAGCUGGAGAGGCUAAUGCAGGAACAGAUCCCUGACCUGUGGGGCCACUUCCAGGACCUGAACCUGGAGGCGCACAUGUACGCGUCGCAGUGGUUCCUCACCCUCUUCACAGCCAAGUUCCCCCUCUGCAUGGUUUUCCACAUCACUGACCUGCUGCUCUGCGAGGGACUGAACAUCAUCUUCAACGUGGCCCUGGCCCUGCUCAAGACGUCCAAAGAGGACCUCUUGCAGGCGGACUUUGAGGGGGCUCUCAAGUUCUUCAGAGUCCAGCUCCCCAAACGCUACAGAGCUGCAGAGAACGCCCGCAGGCUCAUGGAGCAGGCGUGCAACAUCAAGGUUCCAACCAAGAAGCUGAAGAAGUUUGAGAAGGAGUAUCAGACGCUUCGAGAGAGCCAGCUGCAACAAGAAGACCCCAUCGACCGAUACCAGAGAGAGAACCGCCGUCUUCAGGAGGCCAGUAUGAGGCUGGAGCAGGAGAACGACGACUUGGCGCAUGAACUCGUCACCAGUAAGAUCGCCCUCAGGAACGAUCUGGACCAGGCUGAAGACAAGGCAGAUGUGCUGAAUAAAGAGCUGCUGACCACCAAGCAGCGCCUGGUGGAGACUGAGGAGGAGAAGAGACGGCAGGAGGAGGAGACGGCUCAGCUGAAGGAGGUGUUCAGGAGGGAACUGGAAAAGGCAGAACUGGAGAUCAAGAAAACCACAGCAAUUAUAGCCGAGUACAAACAGAUCUGCUCCCAACUGAGCACCCGGCUGGAAAAGCAGCAGGCGACAACGAAGGAGGAGCUGGACAUCGUCAGGAACAAAGUCAUGGGCUGUGACCACUGCAAGGACCUGUUCGGCACCCUGGGGUCCCUCCAGGCCUCGUCCCCCGGCAGCGACAGGACAUCCAGCGAACCAAUGGACGAGGAGAAGGACGGGCUGAAGGAGCAGCUGAGACAUCUGGAGCUGGAGCUGGCGCAGACCAAGCUGCAGCUGGUGGAGGCCAAGUGCCGCAUCCAGGAGCUGGAACACCAGCGGGGAGUCCUGAUGACUGAAAUCCAAGCCGCCAAGAACUCCUGGUUCAGCAAAACUCUGGGGUCUCUAAAGAGUUCGGCCUCCUCUUCCUCCAGCUCCACAUCCCAGACCCCGUCCUCUCCGAAGGACGGCCCUGCCUAACCGAACGCCCCCCCCUUCCCCCCGCCCCUUUCUCUUGUUCCCCUACAAGAUGCACAAUAGAGCAGAGCAACAGAAGCUGAAGAAGAAACGGCAGUUUUCCUUUUUCCGGCAUGAUGUGGUGAAGCAGAGCUUCCUGGGCGACGAGCAGCUGAGAAGAGGAGGGUUGGGCUGCUGGGGCUCUGGACCAAAACUGUGCUGUCUCCGUCAACUCUUCUGCUUCAGAGUUGGCGAGACCGCUGAGGAUGAGGCAUGAGCGAGGUCUUACAGGUGCGCUAGCUCCCCCCUCUGGACGCUCGUUGCUACUGCAGACACUUAGUCCUCAGUUAAACCUGCAUUCAGCCUCACGGACGGGACCUGAUGCUAAAUGUAGGUGUUACAGCAGUAUGAUAUCGGUAUUAUACAUUUAUUGUUGUAAAAUAUAACCUACAUUAACCAUCAUCGGCUCAGAAACGCCCCCAGCACGCUGAAAAAGGAAUACUGCAUACAAUUGUAAAUGAGAGCAACAGAAACGUUGCAUUCCUUUAUAUUAAUAUAACAUAAACAAUGUUGUCAUAUAAAUAUAUAAAACUAAUUAUUGAUCUUUUUUUUUUUUUUUUUUAAUUUUAAUAAUCCUGUACAGUUCUUUAUGAGAAAAAAAAUCACAAGGAGAAGUUCUUAAAUUUGUUUUCUACUGUUUGGAAACUGAUUGUCAUCUGUGGAUGUUGACGUAAGCACAGUGUGUGAUGGAUGCGGUCGAGUCCAGACGCCGAGUGACAACCUGCAGAAACCCGCUGUUCCCCGUCUGCAGGGUUAAACAUUUACAGGCUCAAGAACCCGGAGAGACUUUCCAUCUCUCCAUCUCUAUUCCGUCCUUUUAAUUAGUUUGAAUGUCAUAAUGAAUGUGUCAAAAAUCCACAUUUGUUUUCAAAUGAAGCCGGCUACCUUAUAUUUGGGCUUUUUAAGUGUCAUGUGACCUUUUUUUUAAGUUGCAAUCAUCAGCUUUCGGUGCAGACAUCUGCUUGUAAUCCUUUACAGACUGAAAACGGCCUCCAGAGUCACACAGACACAAAACAAACAGUUAAAUAACUCAUUGUGUCGACCUGCUUUACGUAACAACACAAACACAACAGCCAAUUUAUCCAGAAAUAAGAGUUUUAUAGAGGUGCUCAGUGAUUGCCAAGCUGCCUGAGGCCGUCCCCAUGUAUGUGCCAAACACCCCAAGGCUCUUUCAUGAGCUAAAGCUGUUUUUUUUUGUUUUAUUAUUAUUAUUUUAUCAUAUCUUUACCCAAGCUCAGAAGUCUCCCUCUCUGAUUUCCACUCUUUGUAGGAGCAAAGGUGCACUUUAUUUUCAGAAGGAGAAGCUGUCAUUAAGGGUGAGCGGCAGGUGUCUUCACAUAUAUGGUAAACCGGCUUGAUUUUAUGACAUAAAAAAAAGUACAACUUUUAACAUUUCAUCCUCACACGAGAAGGACUCUGGGCUGACGUUUUUGUUGCAGCACGGUGAAAGAUGCUGGCUUCAUUUUCCUCCCUGGUUGACACUCAAGUCCGCCUCUGGACUCGGACCGGUCCCCGUUUGUACUUUGUGUGUCUGUGUGUGCGUAUUUGAACGUUCUGCGCUGUAACUGAAGUGGUUGAAGUUGAAGUUGGAGUCUUUCCUUCACGUGGUUGCCUUUUCUGUUGUUGACCGAGUCAGUGGGCUGAAGAGAGACGAGCCCUCUGACGGUUUUGAACGUUUGGACUGUGCCAUAAGAGCCUCCCCUCCACGGUCUUCCUCUGCGUUCCCAACCAUCAGGACCAACCUCAAAAACCGCCGUUUGAUCUCAUAGAGAAGUCUGCUGGACAUCACGUUCAGCUGCACGGGAAAAAGGGAGAAAAAAACACAGCGUUUCGCACUUCCGGGACAUUCCUCCUUCAGUCUUGUUCAUCAUUGUCGUGGUUCGUCUGUUCAAGUUGUACAACCAGUUCAGUGUAAACUGUGGCCGAGGCGGACGGGGCUACCCUUCUGUUAUGUGCAUUAACACAACAGCGAUAUCUUAAACACUAUUUUAAGACGUUUGUUUCAGAGUAAUUUUUUAACCGAGAGGACAGCUGUUACUUUAUUACUCACUCUAAUUUACAGUUAAUUUCACUGAUUGACAGGGCAGGCGGGGAGUCAGGUAACAGGUGUGUGUUGUGUGGAUCACAGUUGUAACGCUGCUCAGCUGCUCUGACUCCGACGCCGUUUCCUCGUACACCGUCUGAUCUGCUUUAAUAAACUUCAGUUUUUCUGUU